ACAGGUGAAGGACCAGACUAAGACGGUGGCCCACCUGAAACAUAAGGAGCAGGUGGAGAAGAGUAAGAACGCCCAGCUGGUGCAGGAGGUCAGGAAGAGAGAGGACAACCUCAACGAGAGCUCUCAACACGUCAAGGACUCCCUGCGCCAGAAGGAGGAGCGUAUAGAGGAGCUGGAGGAGGCUCUGAGAGAAAGUGUCCAGAUCACAGCAGAGAGAGAGAUGGUUCUGGCUCAGGAGGAAGCUGCUCGCACACACACUGAGAAACAGAAGUACUUGCAUGACUCCAACCACACCGGCAUUAAGUGGUGCAAG